AGAGUCCAUGCUAAAGGCGCGCUGAAGGCUUCGGAUGCGCUCUUAGUACUGAAGAGAGAAGGAUGCGGCGGCCCAACGCGUUUUUCUUGCUAUGGAUCCAGGUAUGCAGCGCGGAGUUUGAGCUCACUUUACUCCACACUAAUGAUGUCCACGCACGGGUGGAAGAGACCAACAAAGACUCGGGCAAAUGCACUAAAAGCCCGUGUUUCGCUGGAGUGUCGCGGAGAUUCACAAAAAUCCAAGAAGUUCGUAGCAAGGAGAAAAACGUCCUGCUGCUGGACGCGGGCGAUCAGUUUCAGGGCACCGUCUGGUUUAACUUCUACAAGGGUGCAGAAGCGGCGUAUUUCAUGAAUAAACUCGGAUACGAUGCAAUGAAGUGGACAGAAGGUUCUGGACAAGUGCUCAUGAGCCCCGGUGUCUUCAUUACAGUGGACAAUGCACCUGUUCAGGCCUUAGGUAAUCAUGAGUUUGACAAUGGAGUGGAUGGUCUCGUGGAACCUUUUCUUCAAAAUGUGACCUUCACUGUUCUCAGUGCAAAUAUUAAAGCCGAUAACACAAUCGCUCCUCGGAUUAGUGGAUACUAUUUCCCAUAUAAGAUCUUCACCUUCAACUCAGAGAAAGUAGGAGUUGUUGGGUACACAUCAGUGGAAACGCCAUCUUUAUCUUUACCAGGCCCACAUCUUCAGUUUGAAGAGGAAGUGGCUGCUCUACAGACUCAGGUGGAUAAACUAAUUGCUCUGGGUGUGAAUAAGAUCAUUGCCCUCGGACACUCUGGAUUUGCAGUGGACCAAAUGAUUGCGAAGAAAGUUCGGGGAGUGGAUGUUGUGAUUGGAGGGCACACCAAUACAUUCUUGUACACAGGAACGCCACCGUCUACAGAGGUUCCUGCGGGUCUGUACCCAUUUAUGGUGCAAUCAGAGGAUGGCCGUAAGGUUCCAGUGGUGCAGGCGUAUGCCUUUGGGAAAUAUCUGGGAUUCCUAAAAGUGAUGUUUGAUUCAAACGGGGAUGUGGUAAACUCAUCAGGCAAUCCAAUUCUUCUGGAUAGCUCUAUAACACCAGAUCCAGUCAUUCAAGCUGAUUUGGAGAACUGGAAAAAGAAUCUGGCCAAUUACUCUUCUCUGUAUGUGGGACAGACUCUAGUGUAUCUCAAUGGAACUUUUGAGGAAUGUCGAUUUCGUGAAUGUAAUUUGGGAAACUUGAUCUGUGAUGCCAUGGUCCAUAAUAAUAUUAAAUAUGCUGAUGAAAUACAGUGGAAUCAUGUAAGUUCUUGUAUUCUCAACGGUGGAGCCAUCCGAUCACCUAUUGAUGAGCGCAACAGAAAUGGUACUAUUACAAUGGAGGACCUGAUCUCUGUGUUGCCAUUUGGAGGCACGUCUGAUCUGGUGCAGAUGAACGGAUCGACUCUGAGAGAGGUCUUUGAGCACUCCGUGCACAGAUAUGGAGGAAAUACUGGAGAAUUCUUGCAGGUGUCAGGUUUUCAGCUGGUAUACGAUUUAUCAAAGCCCUCUGGGAAACGUGUUAAAAGUGUGAAUGUGCUGUGUACUGAGUGUCGUGUGCCCCAUUAUGAACCACUAAACCCUAAGAAGGUAUACAAGGUGGUGUUGCCCUCAUAUCUGGUGGACGGAGGAGACGGGUACUCUAUGAUCAAAGAGCAAAAACUCAAACAUGACAGCGGUAACCUGGAUAUCUCAGUUGUUGCCAGCUACAUCUCAGAGAGAAAGAGAGUUCAUCCUGCUGUGGAAGGACGGAUUCAAUUAUUAAACUCUUCUAUUGGACAGCGAGGAUAUUUGCCCAUCCUCCUACUGGUGGGGGUAUUAUGGGUCAUGUUGGUUUAGCAAGUGAGAUUAGAGAUAUUUAAAGCACUUGCAAAACAUGGAUGUGUAGCCAUUUGUGUGUAACUCUACUGUAAGAGGGGAAAAACUUUGUCAAACCUUUAAAAUGUAAGAAUCUUUAUGAUGCUUUAAAAAAAAAAAUGGUGAAGGACAAAAGACAGAUAUGAACUUUAUUUCUUUUAACUGGACUGCAUUUUAUUCUAUACCUCUUUAUAGAUUUAUAUCUACAUCAUUCUCAAACCUGAGUUUUAGUAAAAUGCAAAGACAUUUUAAAAUAUUUUGCAACAUUUUUUUUUUCCAGACUGUAUCCCAUAACUGAGAAACCUGUUCCGCUCAUAUUUCUCCCCAAAAUCAAAAGAAAAAUACAAGAGAUUAUAUUUUGCUUGGUGAAAAUGAAGCUUGUUUUAGGACCAUUCAAUUUGUUUUUUGACAUUAUUUUAAUUACAAUUAAGCACAUUUUAACACCAAAUGCAAUAUAAUGCAAAAAACAUUGUUAAACUGCAGAGCACAUUUUGAAGUAAAAAACAAAAAAACAAUUGUAAGUAGUUGGACUGCUUUAAUUUAUGAUGUUUUUAAUAAUAAUAAUAAAAGCACUGUGUCAGGACAGGGUGAUUUUCAUUAGUGUAUUACAGUAAUAAGAAUUCGAUUUUUAUUUUUUCAAUAUGGUGAAUAACGUGGUUAAAUGUCAUGAAAGUGUUACAUAAUUGUACUAAACAUAUCUCUUGGUUAUGGAUGAUAGUUACCAGGUCAUUUUUUUUCAUGAGAGUCACAUUAUAAUAUAAAAAGGGUUAAGUAAUUUUUGUCCCAUUUGUUGAUAAUAUCGAUGAUAAACUGCACAGUUACUGCCAGAGAAGAUGGUGGUUAGUUUGGAGAGAUAAAAUUAACCCUACUUUGCCCAGGUAGCUACUGUACACCUGUUCUUAAACAUUUAUUUAAAAUGAAAUGUGAAUAAAUAAAUUCAUAGGUUUUGAUUUACUACAUAUGAGCAGUGACAGAGGAGCUGGAUAUAUUAAGACUUUUAUUUACUUAUUUCAAAGACAAUAACAUUGUUUUCAGGGCUUUUGAAGGACUUUUAUUUUGCACUUGGUUCUUAAAUGUUUUUCACUAUAUGACUCAAUUAUGUUAAUGCAUUUUUAUAUAUAUAUAUAUAUAUAUAUAUAUGUAUAUAUAUAUAUAUUUGUGUCUGUAUCAUGUCUGUUUAAUCAUAGCUGAAAAUCUUUAUCAGUGUAACCUUAUAUGACUUUUGUGUGUUUUUCUGAUGUUAUGUCAUAAUUCUGUUACAGUUAAGGGUUCAAAUAAAUGGUUAGAUGCACCUCA